AAAAAAGGCAACCGCCUGACGAGCGCCGACUCGAUGGGCCGAGAACCGGCAACGAUGGUCGCGAGUCCGACUGCGUCUGAGCUCAACAACGAGAGCGCCGCCGAGUGGGCGACGUGUUCCAACUGCAGCGAGCAAACCGUCGUGCGCCCGUGUCCCGCGCGCUGCGGCCGGGCAGCGUACUGCUCGUCUCUCUGUCUUGUGCACCACAAGACACUGCACCGGUCGUUUUGCCGGCCCACGAUCGCCCCCACCGUCGUGACGAAAGACGCCGACGACGUGCUUGUCGAGACGGACAACAACGUCGAGACGAACGAGGUCGAGGACGAGGAUGACAUGCCACUGCUCGACAUGCUGCAGGUGGCCGAGAAGCCCCCGGCCUUUCUCAAAAAGACCUUCUCAAGUCUCUUUCUGUUGCCGUCGAAACUCAAAAAGUUACUGCCCUCUGACGAGGCCAUUGCCCCCGAGAGCUUCUCCGAGGACGCGCCUGCGAUCCCGUUCACGUACCACCACGUGUGCAGCCCGCGCGCCAACUUGUCGGAGCCAUGGUCCCGCUUCAGCGCCGACUUCAACAUGCUCAAAUUCUACGUGCACCAGUCCGGACCGGCUGGCUUGCAGCUCGAGGUCGGGACCGACGGCGGGCUCAUCGUGAUCGGUAUCUCCCGCCCGCUGGUCUGGGCCAUGGGCAUUCGGCCCGGCGACCAACUGGACCGCAUCGGUGGCAUGUCGACGUCCGGCCUCGCCCCGGACGAAGCGUUCCGGUGUCUCUACCGCGCCGACCUUCCGACGGUGCUUCGGUUCAAAGCGACCGCGCGCGUGCAGCGCGAGACGUGGACCAUUUUGCUGCAAGAUCGGCUCGGGGUCACAUUUGCCGGCGACGGUCGGCUCGACAUCCCGGUCGUCGACCGAGUGGUGGCGCGGACGGACGAGUCGCCGCAGGUCGGGGACCUCCUCGUGCUGGUCAACGAUGUCUACGACGCGGUUGCCCACGGCCUGAGUGCGACCUUGCGCUACAUCCACGAGAGCCCGCGACCUGUCGCUUUGACGUUCCAGCGCCUCCUCAGCGACGCCGCGCCCAUGCCGCGCCCGCCGAGCGAGCCGGCUCUUCUCACCGAACGCGAGCUAAGCGACGUGGCGACCGAGAUUCAACCGUCGUCGACACGGACGCUAUGUGCCACGACACUGUCGUCGGCGUCGGGCAACGUCGUCUUGGUCUGGCGCGACGGCUUCCUCGGCGUGACGCUGCUCGAGGACCCGGCGUUGGGGCUACCCGCCGUGCACCGGCUCACGGGAAAAGGCCAGACGCCGCUGGUUGGUCAGCUCGGGUCGGGCUACACGCUCGUCUCGGUCAACGGCGAUGCGCUGCUUCCGCACUGCAUGGUGGCCAAUUGCGCGCGGCUGGCAUCGGCGCCAAAGCCCGUGCUCCUGCUGUUUGCACCGCCGCGCAAGCAGCGCCUGCUCCGUGCUGCGUCGCUCCUCGAUGGUCCGUCCGCGCGCCUCAACCGCAGCUUUGCGAGGGCGCUCUGUACACCGCGCGCGUCCGAGUACGAGGUACUCUGGUCAUCGCCGCCGCUCGGGCUCGUGUUGUACUACCCGAAGCAUUCGCCGGCCAAGACGCCGUGCGUCAAGCGCGUCAAGCCCCACUGCGCGCUCACCUUGCCGGCCUCGGCGGACGGCCAUCAGCUUGUCGCUGUCAACAACAUUGCAACCUCUGGGCUUGCGUCGACCGACCUCACGCGGCUGCUGCACAGCGCCGGGUUCCCCAUCGUACUUCGCUUUCGGAGUGGCGACAACGAGUCGUCGUCGCCGCCGUCGAACCGCAUCUCGGACAGCGACGCCGCCAGCUCCAUCUUGGAGUUGGACGCGACGCACCGCAUCGUGUGGCGGGAUGGCGACCUCGGCCUCACGUUUGCACCGAGCGCCGCGGGACCGGUCGUCAAGCGCGUCGGCAGCUGCUCGCAGCGCGUCCGUGUCGGCGACAUUCUCUUGCACAUCAAUUCCAAGCCGGUGCCGAUGGACGAACCGUUCAGCGACACGAUGGCGAGGCUUGUCGCGAUGCCCAAGCCCAUCGUCUUGGGCUUCACGCAGGCACCGCCGGACGAACGCGGCUCCAGCGAAUCGCUUUAAGCGUAUUCGAAUAUCAAUAUUUCAACUCGAUAUUUUCACACUA